AUGUCGCUCUCCGCAUCUAUAUCCUCGAGCUUCCCAAGCUUGUCCGGCAGCAUGAACGCAACCUCGACCGCGUCGUUGGCUUUGGCCACGGCGAAAACUGUCCCGCAGCCACCUGUGCAGUCCUCCUGGUUUGGGAUAUUUGGUCGAGUGGCUCUCGCUAUGAUUCGGGUUGUACCCGGGAUUCUGUACUGGGUUAUUACCUUCACCACCAUCACCCUGCCCACAUUCCUCUUUACUCUAUUUUCUACGAGCUUAACGGUUACCAUGAAUGCAACUACUCUGAUGCUCAUCAUGGUUGCGUUGGUGUCCACUGUAAGCUGGUUCGUCCGGUACAGGUUCCUGAAUAUGUACGCCCGGCUGCCGCCGGAGCCGCAACGAAAGGAGCCACAAAUAGACCUAUACCCAGAUACGCAAGAAGAAGGGUCCAAGUCCGGAUUUUCCAAUUACCUGGACGAAUUUCUUAGUGCUAUCAAGGUGUUUGGAUAUCUGGAGAGGCCGGUCUUCCACGAGCUUACCCGAAGCAUGCAAACCAGGAAACUCAUAGCAGGAGAAACAUUGAAUCUUGAAGAAGAAAAGGGAUUUUGCUUGGUUGUAGAUGGCCUGGUGGAAAUAUUCGUCAAGUCCUCUCGCGAAGGCCGCGAAUCUGAUUCCGAGACCGCGAUGUUCAAUCAUGAUGAUUCUUCGGAUAGCAGCGAUGGCCCACGUUUGGGAAGCGGACAUCAGGGAUAUGAGUUGCUAACUGAAGUUAAGAAUGGGGCCCCUAUGUCUUCCUUAUUUUCGAUUUUGUCUCUGUUUACAGAAGACGUCAAAUUAAGGCACACGGAGGAUGAUGAUUUGGCGUCCAGUGCCUCAAGUAGCGGAUACCCUCGUCAACAAUAUCCGUCGAGUGCUGGGUUUGACUUAAACCAUAGCCACCAUGAUACGCCUCCAUCCCUACCAACAAGUCCAAUAUAUGCUUCUCCCAACCCGAUUGACUCCGCUAGAGGUCGCGACCGACGAACAUCAACACUCACAAGCCCUACGGCCGGUGGGACUCUUCCAAGGGUGCCUCCCUUGUCUCUCAAUGGGGAUCGCCAGCAGUCGCGCCCUAGGCCGCGAAGAGCGCAGACGUACUCAGCACAUCCCGAUAUUGUUGCCAGAGCUACCGUGGAUACCACAAUCGCUAUCAUUCCUGCGAGUGCGUUUCGCCGCUUGACCAGAGUCUAUCCAAAAGCUACUGCGCAUAUUGUGCAAGUGAUAUUGACUAGGUUGCAAAGAGUGACACUCGCAACUAGCCAUUCCUAUCUAGGAUUGACACCUGAGGUCCUCCGCACAGAAAAGCAUAUGAACAAAUACACAACAUAUGAGCUACCGAAUUUCCUGCGUGGGAACGCGUUAGAGAGACUGAAAGAAAAAUUCACUCGUGAGAAAGAAAGGAUUGGUGCCGAGGAGGGGAGCAAAGGGAUCGCGUUACACAACCCUGGCGCAGGUCGAAGACGGCGACCCUCUUCCGGUCUCCGAAAGGAAGCUACCAUUCAUGCCUUGUCCGCGGAGCUGUCUCCAGCCAUAUCUGCUACAACCUUUGAUGUGCCAAUACCUCGCGAUACCGGCGCGAGCCCCAGUCCGGGGGAUCUACUUACCAACAUUCAAAUGUCCCGUUCAGGGGGUCGAAGAAGUAACUCAAACCUCGCUGAAGGUAUUGGUCUUUCCAGUGGUCAACCUCCUCAUGUGUGGCAUCAUGAUACUCAGAGUCCCCUUUCGCAAAGAGGUUUCAAUACAUUUACCAAUACUUCGCCUUUGCGGGCACCAUUACACCGUCAGGAAUCAAUCGAUGAAGAUAGCAUAUUCCGCGCUUCGAUACUGGAAUGCAUUUUCAAGGCAAUUGGUCUUACCAACACAAAAAAUGCGCUGAAGAUGUCAGACUCUGUUGAAGCCUCACCAAGACUCGUCACUUACGACCAAAAGCGGCAGAAAGCAGUAUUUACCACUAAUGCUUUCGGCUUUAUCGACCCUUAUGAAGCAUCUACCGACGGCGAUACCGAGUCCAUGACAUCUGGAGGCAUUAGUGCGGGAGGAUUUCCAAGUACACAAAGUUUAGCCCAGGAACUGAGAGACGAGCUCGAAAUUGUCUACUUCCCCAAAGGCUCAGUUCUCGUUGAGCAAGGGGAGCGGAACCCUGGCCUUUACUAUGUGGUCGAUGGAUUUCUGGAUGUUAGUGUACCCGUGGAUGAUAAGCCGGAAUCGACCGUUCUUGGCUCGCCGCACCCUCCCCCUGCAUCAAGCAGACUUGGGAAGGAGCCUUUCCCAACCCUUUCUCGCACCAAAGCCGGGUCAUCAGGGCCAUCCGGACGCGGUGCUCUGCAUGAUGGCAGGAAACGGAAAUCGAUGGGUCGCAAAAGCUUAGCCUUGAUUAAACCUGGUGGAAUUGCCGGUUACAUUGGUACUAUAUCGUCUUACCGGUCAUUCAUUGAUGUUAUAGCAAAGACAGACGUCUAUGUUGGCUUCCUCCCGCGAUCUUCAUUAGAGAGGAUCGUCGAAAAGUACCCUGUAGUCUUGCUCACUAUGGCGAAACGCUUGACCAGUCUCUUGCCUCGGUUGAUCCUACAUAUCGACUUUGCCCUGGAAUGGGUCCAAGUAAGUGCUGGCCAAGUCAUCUAUCACCAAGGAGACGACAGCGAUGCCAUAUAUAUUGUUCUGAAUGGCCGCCUGCGGCUAGUCCUCGAUAACGAUCAAGCUGAAAUGAAGGUUGUUGGCGAAUAUGGACAAGGUGAAAGUGUUGGCGAACUGGAGGUUAUGACUGAAUCUACACGACCUGCUACGCUUCACGCGAUCCGUGAUACAGAGCUUGCGAAGUUCCCGAAGACAUUAUUCAACAGUCUCGCACAAGAGCACCCGGGCAUCACCAUUAAAAUUUCGAAAAUUAUUGCGUCUCGCAUGAGAGCUUUGGUAGAGGACCCAAUUUUUGACCAAAGAAAGGCGAAAGUGACAGGCGCUAAGAGCAAUAAAGUCUCAUCCACCCUCAAUCUCCGGACGGUUGCAAUUCUCCCGGUCACUGCGGGAGUGCCGGUGAUUGAGUUUGGUAGCCGGCUUAUGAACGCCCUGACUCAAAUAGGGGCGCCGAAUGGGGUCACAUCACUCAACCAGACUGCCAUCCUGAACCAUCUAGGAAGGCAUGCAUUUAGUCGUAUGGGGAAAUUGAAGCUAUCUCAGUAUCUUGCAGAUCUCGAGGAGAAAUAUGGUCUCGUCUUGUACAUUGCUGAUACCAACGUCAAUUCUCCCUGGACGCAAACUUGCAUUAGCCAAGCGGAUUGCAUAUUACUGGUCGGGCUCGCCGAAGGGUCUCCUGCCAUUGGAGAGUACGAACGUUUUCUCCUCGGGAUGAAAACAACCGCAAGAAAGGAGUUAGUGCUCCUACAUGCCGAUAGGUUCUCUCCACCAGGUCUAACUCGGGCAUGGCUACGCAAUCGAGUAUGGAUCAAUGGCGGCCACCACCAUGUACAGAUGUCAUUUAGAACUACUUCCUUGCCAGUUCAUCCUCAAACGAGGAGAUUUGGUACUGCGUUGAAGCAGCGAGUUCAAGUGUUGCAGGCAGAGAUCGAGAAAUACACCUCACGUAGGGUUCGGCAAACACCGAUUUAUUCUGCCGAUACCCCCUUUAAAGGAGACUUUCACAGGAUUGCUAGACGCCUUUGCGGUAAAUCAAUUGGUUUAGUUUUAGGCGGUGGCGGAGCCAGAGGCAUUUCACAAGUCGGCAUCAUCCGAGCCUUGGAGGAAGCUGGAAUCCCAAUCGAUAUCAUUGGUGGUACAUCCAUAGGGUCCUUUAUCGGCGCCUUAUAUGCCCGUGACGCGGAUGUAGUGCCCAUGUAUGGCCGAGCGAAGAAGUUUGCUGGACGAAUGGCUAGCAUGUGGCGUUUCGCCCUGGACUUGACGUAUCCUUCUGCAUCAUAUACGACUGGACACGAGUUCAAUCGAGGUAUAUUCAAGACCUUCGGCAACACCCAGAUUGAAGACUUCUGGCUCGAAUUCUAUUGCAAUACGACCAACAUCAGCAAAAGUCGUUCGGAGAUCCACACCAGCGGAUACGCCUGGAGAUAUGUCCGAGCCUCUAUGUCCCUAGCAGGUCUGCUCCCUCCUCUUUGUGAUGAAGGUAGCAUGCUUCUUGACGGGGGAUAUGUAGACAACCUCACCGUGUCUCAUAUGAAAUCCUUGGGUGCCAAUGUCAUCUUCGCGGUUGAUGUGGGCAGCCUGGACGAUGACACUCCACAGAAUUUCGGUGAUUCGUUAUCCGGCUUCUGGGCCUUCGUCAAUCGCUGGAAUCCACUGUCCUCAUAUCCAAAUCCGCCUACUCUUGCCGAAAUUCAAGCUAGGCUUGCGUAUGUGUCAAGUGUUGACGCACUGGAAAAGGCGAAAAAUACCCCGGGAUGUCUUUAUAUGAGGCCGCCUAUCGAUCCUUAUGGCACGUUAGAUUUUGGCAAGUUUGAUGAGAUCUAUCAAGUAGGAUAUAAAUAUGGACAAGAAUUUCUAGGGCGGAUGAGAGAAGAGGGCGUCCUUCCGUUACUUGAUGAGACGGAAGAGAAGAAGGCAUUACGGAGGACUAUGGCUCCUCGUAGAACAAGUAUAUAG